AUGAGCUGUCCAGUUUUUCUGAUUUUUCACGACUUGCCCAACUGCUUCGCAUAUGCCAAAAGUUGUUCGUAUUACUGCGAGGAUGUUACACCUUCUAUAACUGGUGUAUUGAACACGUUUCUUGGUUAUUUUCGUAUUCGUUCAUGCGAAACCCCACAUCGUGAACUCUACGUGCAGGUUUUCGGAAUUUUUCCGACUUCUCAUAUACUCGUUAACAGAACCUUCGCAGCACUUGCGGGAUUUCGCUCAAAUGAAGAAGUUGUUAUUGAAACAGUAGCUACUCUUGCCUCAUCCUGUGUUUACAUUGUCCCUACAUCCCAAAAUGACUACGAAAUUUGUGUAAGAUCAAGUGCGCAUGUGGAGUAUAUUUUCCUCCAGCAGAUACGCAUAGUCUUCCCAGGGCUUCUGUUCCCGCUCUGGAUUUCGCCAAACGUUUACGCAUCAUUUCGCGUCGGUAAGGACUUUAGGUCGCCUCCAAGCUCGGUCGAACCGAGGGUCAAAUUCCAAAACAGCCCCGCCAUUUUUGGCCUGGCCGAACUGCUGAGUAGACACUCACUCGGGCCAGGCAGUGAGCCCGGUCUAUCGGCUGUUACUGCGGUCCUUCCUAAAAGAGCAUGCGAUGUUCCCUUAAUGGACACCGUGGCUGAUCUAAAGGAAUUGUUUGGACAUAACACGUCAGUAUUGGGGAGACGCUACGCUUACCUCAAAACACAGCGAAAUGAGGAAAGUCUCCGCGAAUACCCUGGAUUGGUCAAUCAGCGCCUUGCCGUGACUGCGUUCAACGACGUCACACCCGAGCAUAUGAAAUGGCCCCUAUGGAUAUGUGCACUUGUCGCUUCGCAGGAUGGCGAUGUUCGUGCUCGUGCCGUUCGCAAGAUGGAGGACUCAAACCACGCUAAAGGAGCUUGCUGCCGAAGUUCAGCACUUUCUCGAUAUUCGUCAGGAUAA